AGAGAGAGAAAACACCAGACUCAAAGCAGCGAGCGCUUCAAACCAGAGCUUAUUUCCUCAACAGAGUCCCUGUACUUUGAACUCAUACUAAACUAAUGGGGGAGGAAGAGAAGAAACCACCGGCAGAGGAGAAAAAAAUGGAGGAGAAGAAACCUGAAGAAGAGAAGAAAGCUGUAGAAGAAAAGAAGGAAAAGAAAGAAGAAGAGAAAGCUCCAGCUGACGAAAAGAAAGAAGAGAAGCAACCAGCAGCUGAAGAAUCAAAGGAGGGUAAAGAAGAACAAGCUCCUCCUCCACCACAAGAAAUCGUCUUGAAAGUUUACAUGCAUUGUGAGGGUUGUGCUCGCAAAAUUCGCCGCUGUCUUAAAGGCUUUGACGGAGUCGAAGAUAUAAUGACUGAUUGCAAGAGCCAUAAGGUGGUUGUGAAAGGAGAAAAGGCUGAUCCACUCAAGGUUUUGGAGAGAGUUCAAAGGAAGAGUCACAGGCAGGUGGAGCUUCUGUCUCCGAUCCCCAAACCACCAGCAGAGGAGGAGAAGAAGCCUGAAGAGAAAGAGAAGCCAGAGCCUGAAGAGAAGAAAGAAGAGCCGCAAGUGAUCACGGUGGUGUUAAAAGUUCACAUGCAUUGCGAGGCUUGUGCUCAGGAGAUCAAAAAACGCAUACUGAGAAUGAAAGGGGUGGAAGCAGCGGAACCAGAUCUAAAGGCCUCAGAGGUUUCGGUGAAGGGUGUUUUUGAUCCUCCAAAGCUGGUUGAGUACGUGUACAAGAGAACUGGGAAGCAUGCGGUGAUUGUGAAACAAGAGCCAGAGAAGAAAGAAGAGAAAGCCCCGGAAGCUAAAGAAGAGAAGAAAGAAGAAGGUGGCGGUGGUGAUGGUGAUGGUGAGAAAGAAAAGAAAAGUGGUGAAGAAGAAAACAAAGAGAAAAAAGAAGGUGACAGUGAAGAAGGUAAAGCAGGAGAGGUAACUGAAGAGACAAAAGUGGUGGAGCUCAAGAAAAAUGAAUAUUACUAUUACCCACCAAGGUAUGCCAUGGAAUUGUAUGCAUACCCUCCUCAGAUCUUCAGUGAUGAGAACCCCAAUGCUUGUUCUGUCAUGUAAAAGUUUGGGGAAGUCAAGGGCAAAAUUGAGAGAAGAAAAAAUUGAGGUGAUCCAUCUAUAUCUAUCUCCAUGUGCCCUUUUGUACUGUGUAGUUUUUUCUGCUAUAAAGUACAAUCUGCAGAUAAACUGUAGAUUUGUGUGGGACUCAUACUUCUUUAUUUGAAGCUGUCAAGCAUAA